CAAUAUCCAUUUGAUUUGUACUAACUAAACCUUUGUGAACUAUGGCCGACAAAGUUGCUGCUGAGAAACCUGCCGGACGCCCAAUGCGGUAUCCAUACACAUUCUCUGCUAAGGUGGCGCAGUUUCCGAUCAAACAUUAUAUUAAGAAUCAGUGGAUCUGGCGUUAUUAUUUCAUUGCAGCUGUAGCAUGCGUGCCCGUGUUCUAUAAGAUCAGCAAGCUGGCCAACUCGCCCGAGAACAAGAAGAACUGGGCCGAGUCACAGGCCAAGGAGGCUGCUGAGCACCAUUAAUCCCAGAUGCGGAGUGGUUGGAAUUAGUUCUUAAUAUUGCAGAGCUGUUUUGUGUUGGUAUAAACCUAACAUUGGCGAAUAAAUGAAUUAAAAAGAAAACCCCAAAUAAAUUAAAUUUUGUUUA